AUUUAAUCUUUGUAUUUAUAAAGUAGUUUUAUGUCUGCAGGUGGGACCUCAUUGUAUGUUAGGGGAAGGUCCACAAAUGGGUGAUAAAUGCAGUGUGAAACGGUCUGUAAUUGGUCGUCACUGCCGGAUAGGUUCUAAUGUGAAGGUUGUUAAUUCAGUUAUCAUGAACCAUGUUACCAUUGGAGAUGGUUGUUCCAUCCAAGGUUCUGUGAUUUGCAGCAAUGUACAUCUCCAAGAGCGAGUUGGGCUGAAAGAUUGUCAGGUUGGAGCAGGUUUUGUGGUUACUGCAGGCUGUGAGUACAAGGGAGAGUCCUUGGCCAGAAAAGAGAAAUGAAUAAAUAGGGGGUGUCCCUAGCUAGAAACAGAAAUGGAAAUCUCAAGAAUUAAUUACAAUUUUGUACCAUGAUCAUCAUAGGUUUGGUGUGAAUUUUUCUGUAACGGCUACCAUUGCAUGGUAGAUCAGAACUAUGGCAAGGAAAGGGAAAUCCUAAGCUCAACAAGUGUAUCAUCCAGCUUUUACUUUGUUUUAUUUUAUU